UUUAUCCUAGUGGCUGAAGUGUUAUAAUAUUAUUUAUCUGAGACCAAAAAAGCAUAAAACAAAUAUACAUGAAGUAUGAAACAAAUAACAGCAAACAGUUGAGGUUAAAUCUUUAGGGGCUGAAAAAUUCCAUUUAUCAUUUUAUGUAAACACAACACUACAAAAUAAGACAAUAAACUAUGUCCGAUCGCAUGCCAAAAAUUGAUUUAAGCAAAAUCAAAAAGACCGAUUUAGACUUCAUAAAGGAAAUAGAAAAACGAAAUCAAGAGAGGGUGCUGAAACUAAAAAAGCUUAGAAGGACCAAUUUACUUACUGCUGGGUUUUUAACUGCUGGUAUUCUUGGUAUUUAUGGGUAUUCCAUGUAUGCUGUGAGACAAGAGAGUUUCCUAGACGACUUUGAUGAACCGGCUAAGACCACUCAAUAAUGGCUGCAAAUGUACAACAUGUUCGUUUACCCCCUUUACCUACUAUUAGAGAUUUAGUUAAGUUAUAUCGCCUUCGAGCUCUUAGACAACUAUCUCAAAAUUUUUUAAUGGAU